GUUCGAGGCGUCGAUGCCACGCUAAAUCGCACACGCGGUUCCGCCAUUGAAGCUUCCCGUCCAGCCCCUUUAAGCCCUUGCAACCACCCCUUCCCCCCGUUCUUCUCUCCGUCGCUAGAUCUCCAACCCCCUUCGCUGGUCGGAGAACCGACCGGUCACUCCUAAUCUCCAGUCCCGGCCAUCUUCUUUUCCCCACCUCCUAUCUCCUCCUCUUUCCGGGGUUCCGUUGUCUUCGCCCCUUGAUCGGCGAGGAAGUUGAGUGAAAUCGAAGAAAAGGGAUUUUGAGAGAAUUUUUUUAUUUUUUUCCCCCAAGAAAUUCCGUUACUAGAUCUCCAAUUUCUAAUUCGUUGUUUCGAAUUAGACGAAAAGAUCCGGUUUUUAGCCCUCCUGGUUACCAAAGAUUGGAUUUUUAUUUCGAUUUGGAUCUAGAGUUUCUGGUUCGUCGUCUUUUCGAGGUCUUUGUUUUAAGAUCAUGGCGACGGCGUCGUCCUACUGGUGCUACAGGUGCAGCCGCUUCGUGAGGGUGUGGCCGGAGAACGCUAUCGUCUGUCCUCAUUGCGAGGGGGGUUUCCUCGAGGAGGUGGAGACCCCUCCCCGCCUCGCCGCCGCGGGGGAGAUCCGCCGCCGUCGGGUCCCUGCCGGCCCCGCUGCCCCCGACCACCAGGCCGACGCGCGGAUCCGCCGCCACCGCCGCGCCUCCGCCGUUGACCGCUCCCCUUUCAACCCCGUCAUCGUCCUCCGCGGCCCCUCCGACGGUGGCGGUGGUGGUUCCGGUUCAGAUCCCGCGGCCUCCGGCAGCUUCGAGUUCUACUACGACGAUGGGGCCGGAUCCGGUCUCCGCCCCCUGCCGUCCAGCAUGUCAGAGUUCCUGAUGGGAUCGGGAUUCGACCGCAUCCUGGACCAGCUCGCCCAGAUCGAGAUGAAUGGGGUCGGAGGUGGGCAGGGGUACGACCACCCGCCGGCGUCGAAGUCCGCCAUCGAGUCGAUGCCCACCAUCGAGAUCGCCGCCAGCCAUGUCAGCACCGAGUCCCACUGCGCUGUCUGCAAGGAGCCGUUCGAGCUCGGUGCCGAGGCCCGGGAGAUGCCCUGUAAGCACAUCUACCAUUCAGAUUGCAUCUUGCCGUGGCUCUGCCUCCGGAACUCGUGCCCCGUGUGCCGCCACGAGCUGCCGUCGGAUGUUCCCAGGAGGGGCUCUCCGGAAUUGGAUGGCAAUGAUGAUAUGGUCGGGCUCACAAUUUGGAGGCUUCCAGGUGGUGGCUUUGCGGUAGGGAGGUUCACGGGUGGAAGGCGAGCCGGGGAACGAGAGCUUCCUGUUGUUUACACGGAGAUGGAUGGUGGCGUCAGUGCGGGGGGUGCUCCGAGAAGGAUUUCCUGGCCCACUCGAGGGACUCGGUCGCAGGAGAGCGGAGGAAUUCGCCGAGCAUUUCAAAAUUUCUUCUCAAUUUUUCGAUGCAUACGCCCUUCCUCUUCUAGAUCGAAUUCAGAUUCUGGGCCAUCUCCUUCCCGGAGAAGCCGGAAUAGCCCUCUUACAGCGAAUUCACAGAGGCACCUCGGUUGGGCAUCGGACGAUAGAAAUGGGGAUGCAAUAGCAAGGUGGUAAUGGAGACAGGGAAAAAUGAGAGAAAACUCUCUUUUUCUUGCCUUUCUGGUUCCCAUCUCAGUUGAUCAAUUUGCUCCUAUUUGCGCCGGGGGAGCAGAAGAGAAUUUGUAACAAACUGAAGCUCAGUUAUGUUCUACUUCCACUGUAAAUAGAAAACACUGUUUGGUUCAAAUCAAAGCUGUUCUUUGUGGAAGACAAGGGAACCAAGGGAAGAAAUUGCGUCUGAGAUGCAGCGCAUUGGAAAUUAUGAAGGUUCAAGCCAUCAUGUACCAUGCUUAUUGCAGAUGUUAUGAGUCAGAGAUUCAUUAUUACUAUUAGGUUUUUUUAAUUUCCCUUUGUGCAGAAGUUUCCCCACUUUUUCAAGCUUAUGUUGUCAUAUGAUCCAUCUUUUAAUGUAUGAAACCUUUGGAUUAUCUGCUCUCCUCAUUAUACAUGGAGCAUCGAGAUCUGUUGUCACUCAA